AUGGCACGAGGGGACGGUGCGAUGGAGAGGCUGCGGGCUGACCUCUUGCGGCGGGCUCGAAACGAAAGACGAGCAACCGAGCAUGUUGAGCGGGAUAUUGGCGUGGCACAGAUGAAUACAGCCGGGGACUCGGCAGUGGCAGAGGCAUCGACAUCACGGCAGAGAGCCAUCCUGGACAGGAUACCUGCUUUCCCGCGAAGGCCUUCACGGCAAACUACAAACGACGACGGUCCGAAAUCCCCAGAACAGCCCCCACAACGACUUACAUUCGCCUCGUCAAGAUACAGCGAGUCCGGACACCCUCCGAGUUCUUUGCCAUCGCCCAUUCCAAUGGGACCGUUGGAGCCGCAGCGGCCAUUACCCCCCCAGCCCGUAGCCUCGACAGCACGACCGAGAGAUUCGCUCAGUCGCCUUGGGUACGGCGACAACCCCCCCGAACGGCCGAUGAUAGUCGCCAUCAGCCCGGAGGAUCAGGAGCAGCCGCCGUCCCAGGACGCCGGCAGCCGAGACAGCAGAAAGCCGCACCCGAAGAAGUUCAUGUUCUGCUUCCCGUGGGUGAAGUCCCGCCGCGUCCGCUCCCAGAUCCUGACAUGUUUCGUGUCGGGCAUGUUUCUGGCCACGCUCCUCGCUCGUCGUGCGCCUCUGCGUGAUGGUCUCGCGCGGCGACAGGACACGGAGGCGACACGGAGGCGCCGGCUGCCGGAGAUGCUGGGGCCGGGCGGCUACGUGGUGCCCCCGAAGCCCAUCCCCGUGGUGCUAGCGAGGGACGAGGAGGCCGCGGGCAUUGAGAGCGAGGCGGCCCAGAGCCGACCCCCGGCGUAUGGCCUGUGGAGAGAAAGCGUGCGCGUUGAUCCCAACCGGCUGUUUUGGCAGCGCAAUGAGGCCGCAGAAGGCGAGCCACGGCGUCCAGACACGGCCACCGGGCCGAGGCCCCCGUCGUAUGCCUCCGACGACGGCAUCUCGUACGUGGUUGAGGCCCGGCCGCGGUCAAUGGCGCCCCCGCCGCAGACGUACACUGUCUCAGUGGCGGGGGUGCCCCCCGUGCCGCCGACUCGAAUUGCUGGGGACUGA